AUGCCACCAACACUCAUUACCAACGUCCGGAUCUUCGACGGCGUCUCAGUCAUCUUCGACUGCGGGCAUGUUCUGAUCGAGUCAGGAAAAAUUCAACAGAUAUCGGAACACCCAUUUUCUACUGCCCCCGAGUGGACUAUCGUCGAUGGCUCAAACUCAACACUAAUCCCUGGACUUACCGACGCCCAUGUCCAUGUGUAUCAGGACUUGACUUUUAUUGAAACGGCGAUUCAAUAUGGCGUAACCACUGUGCUAGACAUGCAUAACGAGUCUGAAUGGUUCAAGAAGAUGAAGGCAAUUUCCUGUGAGAGAAAUGAUGUUGCGGACAUUCAAAGCGCGGGCCUGGCUGCAACCGUCAAAAACGGCUGGCCGUCUGCGAUCCUUCGAAUGACAGCUUCGGCAGAUCCGACUCUAGAAAAUCGUAUCUUAGGGUGGCCAGAUAUAACAGACAAGGAGACUGCAGACCAGUAUGUUGCGAAAAAUAAGGCGAUGGGUGCGAGUUUCAUCAAACUUAUGCAGGAAGAUGGAUGUACACUGAGUCUGCCAUUUCCCACACGCCCGAUCCCCACUCCCCGUUUAGAAGUCCAAAAGGCUGUCGUUGACGCUGCUCAUCACAACGACAUGUUGGCGGUUGCUCACGCCCUGACCAAUGACUCCGUUCUCAAGAUGCUCAACGCUGGAGUAGAUGGCAUCACACACUCUUCACUCGAACCAGUUAAUGAGAGCGUUAUCAACGCAUUCAAAGAUACAGACGCCUUCAUAAUUCCUACAUUUGCUGUUCAUGCAUCCAGCAGUGGAGAAGAGAAACACACCCGCGAACGUCUCGCAGCAGAUAUAGCAGAUACGAGAGAGAAAGAUCACUUUCUCGGAUGCCUUCACAUCAUGCAUACUGGAUUUUCGAUUCAAAAUGCCUAUGAUCAGAUUGCGAGUCUGAAAGAAGCUGGGGUGGAUAUCUUAUGCGGGACCGACUCAUCAGAGCACCUCGUAGGAACCCGAGCCGGAGCGUCAGUGCUUCAUGAGCUUUGGCUAUACGUAAACCGAUGCGGGUUUACACCUACUGAGGCUCUUGCGUCUGCGACCUCGAAAACAGCGGAACGGUUCAAGCUCAAGGAUCGAGGAAUGAUUCAAGUAGGCCGGAGAGCGGACCUUGUGCUGGUGAAGGGCGGCUCCAAGCAGCCCCAUUUUCUCAGCUGGCGGAGCGUCGCGUUGCUCGAGAUUGGAGAGUUCCACACUGGUAUUGACCACUGUCUUCACGCGCUCGUAGCGACGCUCCACGAAGGCUUUGAAAGCCUCAUCGACAGUCGCAUCACCAAUCAAGAUACUGCGAUUGUCGUACCAAGGAGCCGAGAGCAAUAUCCACCUGAAUGGGCGCGCAAUGAGAUCGGAAUCCGGGUGCAAGCGCUGGCGCAGCUCUUCAAUGGCAGGCGCCGUCAUGGAGUCGAGCAAGUCACGGAAUAG